CGAAUGAUAUUACACAGAAAUGGUCAAAUGAUUCUUAUAGCUCUGUCAACUUAUAGCAAUACACUUACAUUGUUUUCGGGAAGAAAAAGCAAGGAACAAGAAUAUGGAGUUGCUUAUAUUUUUAUCAAUGUCAAGAUUUCAAUCAACAAUUUGCACAUCUGCAUUAAAAUAAAUCUACGCAUUAAAUUAUAGCUACGAAUAUGUAAACACAAUAUGAAAUUAAUAACUUUUUCAUUCACUGUUUCUAUUUUUAUUUUAUCUCUUACUUGUUUGAUAAUGUAAUAUUAUUUUUAAUUAAUAUAUAAUUUAAGAUAUUUAUUUGAAAAUUACUUUUUAUUCCUUUCUUCGUAGGAUCUAUUAACAUUACUGAUACAAAUAAUUUAUUAUUAAUUUUUCAUAAUUAUGGCAAACUAUUUCACAAGUUAUUAAGAAGGCAAAAAGAAGAAAAAAAUAGCGAUAGAAGAUUGACUUUUCUACCUAGCAAUAUUUGAAAAUUAUAAGUAAUUACAAAAUAACAGUUUUUUUACUGAAGAUAAAUAUCUCAGUCUUUAAGCGUUACAAAGUCUUAUUUGUAAAACGCAAAUAAGAAACUGCUCAGAGACGUAGGUAUAAAAGGAAGAGAAAUCUCUUCUCUUGUCAUUUCUAUUAAAUAGAGCAUAAUAGUCUAGCGUAACAGCGAAGCAAACAUAUUCGAGAAGCGUGAUUGUUGUGAUUGUUGAUUGUUGACUGUUAAUUGUUAAAUAAACUUUAUUGUUGAACAUCGAGAGUAUUUCUUAGGCACUUACACCUUACACCACCUCACCGCGUUUACUCUGAAGAGAAAAGAUUAAUAUCAAGUGUCAUGAGAAGUUAUCACUGAGAAGCGUAUACUUCACAAACAACAACGACCUUUAAUUCUGUAGUGCGUUUAUUCCAAUAUCUUCAACAGUGCAGUAAAAGAGCGAGUGUGAAGAAAAUUAGGAUUCGAAGAAAAUUAGAAGACCGUUGAACGUUGAAGUUUUGAAAUCUUACGAAAAUGAUCAUCACGAUAUUAUUCUUUUUGUUUCUUUUCAUCAGUUUGCACUACAUUAUUGUGCAUUAUGGAAAAUAUGGUAGAAUAAUAAAUUCGUUACCAGGGCCUCUGAUAUUACCUAUUAUCGGGAAUAUACAUCAUGUCCUAGUUUCAUCAAGUGACCUUUGGAUCCUUAUGAACAAAAUGAGCGAUCAGUAUUACCCAACUUUUAAACUUUGGAGUUUCACAGCUGCACUUGUUCAUAUUCGUCAUCCAAACGAUCUUCAGAUACUUCUCGGAAAUCCGAAAUUUACUGAAAAGGGUUACAUGUACAAACUUCUGGGGCCUUGGUUUAGUACCGGACUUCUUACCAGUUCAGGACGCAAAUGGCAAAUUCGCAGGAAAAUAUUGACACCUGCUUUUCAUUCGGACAUGCUUAACAAAUUUAUUGACGUAUUUUUAAAGGAAGGAGAAUACUUGGUGAAAUCAUUGAAGAGCGAAGAGGGAGUAGUCGUGAAUGAUUUAUUCCAUACAAUUAGCAAGCAUACCUUGAAUAUGAUCUGCGAAACUGCGAUGGGAAUUUCUCUAAAGGACGGAGAUGAAUUUCAGCACAAAUAUCUUAAAGCCGCGAGUGAUAUGGAAGGAGUCUUCGCGUACAAAACUGCAAGGCCGUGGUUAUUUUAUGAUUUCUUUCUCAAAUUUGAUCCUCAAGGAUGGAGACAGUCUAAACUACUUAAAACGUUACACGGUUUCACUCGAAAGAUAAUCCAAGAGCGAAAAGAAUAUCACUAUCAGAGCAACGGCCGGUGUUUAACUGAGUUGGACAAGAAUUCAAGUGAUGAUAAUGACAAUGUUGAAAGUAAUGACGCUGGAAUACGUAAAAGGAGACUGGCUUUGCUUGAUAUACUCAUAGAAGCUCAUCGAAAUGAUCAGAUAGAUGAUGAGGGGAUUAGAGAAGAAGUUGAUACAUUUAUGUUUGCGGGGCACGACACUACCGGUAUAGCUGUUUGUUACAUUAUAAUGCUUCUGGCUGAACAUAACGAGAUUCAGGAUCGAGUUAGGGCUGAAGUAAAAGUUGUAUUGAAAGAAAAUGAAGGGAAAUUAAAUAUGUCUACUCUGCAAGAUCUUUCAUAUCUUGAGAGGUGCAUUAAGGAAUCACUUCGACUUUAUCCAAGCGUGCCUCGUAUAGCGCGUAAGACGGAAAAGGAGCUAAAAUUAAGUAACUGUAGAUUACCUUCGCGUACUGAAGUUCUCGUGGACAUAUACAACAUUCACAGAGAUCCACGAUACUGGCCGAACCCGGAUGUCUUUGAUCCCGACAGAUUUUUACCUGAAAAUUCCAAAAGUCGACAUCCUUAUGUUUAUGUACCUUUUGGUGCCGGCUCAAGAAAUUGUAUCGGAAAACGAUUCGCCAUGUUGGAGUUAAAAAUUAUAAUGGCUUUUCUCUUAAAUAAUUACUUCUUUGAACCCGUGGACUAUCUUAAGGAUAUAUCCUUUCUAACGGGCAUAAUCAUGAAACCAGCACACCGGAUCCGAACGAAAUUCAUUCCUAUUAAGGAUACAUGUUGAUGUUAGACAUAUGUUGACCUUGUAAACAGCAGUGUUGAUGCUAGUAAUUAUAACAACAAUGUUUGAUUUAUGUUGCAAAUAUACCUGAUAUAAUCAGGACAAGGAUAUGCGUACAUAUAUACACUGCUGCUAUUUUUAAAAUGAUAUAACGAGUCAUA